AGAAUUUCUGAACAAGCCCCAGUUGGCGGUUGGCCCAGUUGCGCGAUUUCUUAGUAAUUGUGUAUAAAUUCACGUGUAUAUACACACAAAAAUUAUACUUGUAUUGUCAAAGAAUAAUGCGGUAGUAGCUGUACAUAUACCUACAUAUAUAUAUAGCAACCAGCAAGCACAGCAAGUAGGUACGGAAGUCGCGGGUAUGGUAUUUAUCGCGCGCGCGCACAUACAUAUAUAAAAAAUUUUAUAUAUCAUACGUGGCGAUGAAAAAUAUUAAGUAAAGAGAGACGUGAGGUAAAGCACAAAAAUAUAACAAACUUAAUAUCAAACUUACUACUUGUGUUUAUUAAAAAUUAUUAAUGCUAUAAUUUUUUAAUAGAAACAAAUCAUGCAAUUGUAAGUGAAGAUCUACUCAUUAGAAAAUAUUAGAAAAUUAAUUAAAGCUGUGUUUGUUUGUGUGUGUGUGUGUGUACUUAAGAAAUAUAAUAAUCAGCAAGCCUCAAAUUCAGAGACACUAGUGUGAGACAAAAAUUGAAUAAAAGGAGCUUGCUAAAAGCAGGCUAUCAAAUCAGUUGAACGGGUAAAUUUAUCAUACAUAUAUAUUGUUUGGCGUGUAGUUGUGUAUUAGUGAAUAUAAAAAAAAAUAUAAAAAAUAAAAAAAAAGUGUAGUUGUGACGGUGACGACUGGUGUCCGACUGUCCGUGGUCCGUGGUGCUGGUUUGGUCUUGGUGCCGUGGAUGGUUGGCGGUUUGGACUGGGUCGGACCGUUUAGAUAAAUAUACUCAAAUAAAUUGUGUUGUAAAAUUCAUUUAAAUUUCAUAUUUUUAGUUAAAGUGAUUUUAUAUUUUAUAUAUAUUAAUUAUAUAAAAAAUAAUUCAUUAAUUUUGUGUUAGAUAUAUGCAUAAUAAAACAAAUUUAAUUUAAAAAUAAUAAAUGAAUAACGUGUUAUUGGCAACUUGAAUAUAUAUUUUAACAUAAAAAUAAUAAUAUAUAGAAUCAUUGGGAACAACUGGGUGGUCAAAGUUGGCUAACAGUGAAGACAAGUGUGCUAGGGCUCUUUUGGAACAUUUUUUUCAUCUGUGUCUCUGUGUAGUUGUGACGUUGUUUAACAGACGCGAAUUAAAAAAUACAAUAUAUAUAUAUUUUUAAGUAAUAAACAAAGUCAUAGAUUAUUAUUAUCAAUACAAUGUCUGACAGAGAAAGCCUUGAUGAUCAGCCACAGAAAUAUGGAAAUUCUGGAGGCAUGGACGGUGGAAGCGCAGAUUUUGAAGCUGGCCAACAUGGUCAGCAAAAUGAGCAAGAAUUGGCGACAAAAAUGCUUCAAAUACAAAGCAAAAGAUUUUAUCUUGAUGUUAAACAAAAUCGACGUGGAAGAUUUAUCAAAGUUGCCGAGAUCGGAGCUGAUGGCAGACGUAGUCAAAUAUUUUUAGCACUAAGUACAGCAUCUGAAUUUCGUGAUCAUCUUUCAACUUUCAGUGAUUUUUAUUCAUCAUUAGGUCCACCAAAUCCAGACAAUGUCCCAGACGAUGGAAAACUUAAAUCUGAAAUGAUGGUAAAGGACAAUAGACGUUAUUAUUUGGAUCUCAAAGAAAAUUCCCGCGGCCGUUUCCUGCGGGUGAGUCACCCUGUAUCACAAACAAUAACACGUGGAGGUCCAAGAACACAAAUAGCAAUACCAGCUCAGGGAAUGAUUGAAUUUAGAGAUGCAUUGACAGAUUUAUUGGAAGAAUUUGGUAUUGAUGAUGGAGGAUUCAAAGGUGAAUUACCAGAGGGACGUUAUAUGCGUGUUGAUAAUAAAAACUUUUAUUUUGAUAUUGGACAAAAUAAUCGUGGAAUUUAUAUGAGAAUUUCUGAGGUAAAAACAAACUUUAGAACAGCAAUAACAGUACCCGAAAAAUCUUGGCUGCGAUUUCGUGACAUAUUCGCAGAUUACUGUGAUAAAAUGAAGGAAGGUGGUGGUGGUAGUGGUGGUGGCUCUGGUAGCUCAAGUGAUAAGGUCAAUGUUGGAAAUGGUCAACAAACAACAUCACCAUCAUCAAACUUACAACAGCCAAUUUCAGCUUCAAAUUUAGACUCAAAUUUGAUCAAGUGAAAAAUGGCUUUAACUUAAAGAAAAAAAAAAUAUUAAAUAAUAAUAAUAAUAAAAUAAUAAUAUUAAUAAUAAUUAAAUAACAAAAACGAUAAAAAAAAAUUAUUUAAAAAAAAACAAUUAUAAAAACACUUUUGAUUCGUUAAUUUUAUGCAAAAAAAAAAAAAAAUUAUAUUUACGAAAAAUGAUGAUAAUAUUUUAAUUGUAAUACUCAACUUGCCCGUUAAUUUUUAUCAUUUAUAAUUCCAUUUUAAUAUUAUUAUUAUUACACUAAUGACAUUGUCAAUUGUUUGAAAUUUUUUCAUUUUGACACAACAACAAUUUCUAUACGUAAUCUACAGCUGCUCGUUAUUUAUUAUUUCAGCAAAAUAAUUUUUUAUUAACUGUAUUUUCGUUGAGUGAGAGAAAAAAUUUAAAAUUGAAAAAAAAAAAAUAAUAACAAUGUUAAUAAAAAAAAAAAUUAAUUAUGUUGUUUGGUUUUGAAUUUGAUCGUUCAGAUUUUAUAUACAAUGAUAAAUACGAAUGUUAUAUUUAUUAAAUUGAUUUUAAAAAAUGCGAAAAAUUAACUAACCAAUUUAUAAAUAUUGCUAUAUAUUUUUUUUUUAACUUGGCAGCUUUAUAAAUUAUCCGAAAUAAUAAAAAGAAAAAUAAAUACACACAGCACAUCUUCUACCUCGACUUCACUUUAUCUUCACGUCCUUUUUUAUUUUUUAAUUUCAACAACAAUCUAACAAAAAAAAAAAAAACAAUUCUUGUGACAUUAUGUUGUAACUUAAUUACAUUUGAUAUUUAUUAUAAAAGUUAUAAUGAACAUAAAUAAAAAAAAAAAGUAUAUAGAUAAAAGAAGAAAAAAAAAAAAGAAAAGUGAUUGCUCGAUAGAAAAAUAAUAAUAAAAAAAUUGUAUGUAACAUAUAAAUAUUGAAAUAUUAAUUGCGUUGAUUAAACUAUUAGAAAAUUUAAGAAAUCCUUAUAUGAAAAUAAUAAUUAAAAUUUAAUUCCACAAUGAACAUCAAUAUAGAACCAAUAAAAAUGAUAAAUAUUAAUUAAAUAAAUCAACUUAUACGUGUGAUUGAGCGAUGGCCAAUCUAAAUAAUAAUAACUGCAUUCUAGUUAUGUAAUUAUAAAAAUUCAUGAAUUAAAUAUAUUUGUUAUGAAAAAAUACAGAAAUUACAGUGAAAAUUUAUAUGAAAAACUUUAAAAAUUCAUGUAAAUUUUACGAUAAAUCUGUAUUAAAAUUAUAAAAGGAAAAUAUUCAUCAUGAAGUGACUAUUUAAAGUUGUCCUUAUUAAAUAAAUAAAAGAUAAAUAUUCCCAGUGAUGUCUAUGAUACGUAAAUGUAUUUAGAUAGAAGAUGAGAUUUGUUUGUUUGUGCUCAUCUGUAUAUGAUACAAGUUGUAAUGUAAGAAAAAUAAAUUUAACGAUGGUAAAAGGAUGUGAAAAAAAAAAUAGUACUUUAUGCAGCAGUAAGCCGAUAAAAGCCAUGUUUCUCAUUAUUUUAUUUUUUUUUAAUUUUUUCUGGUGAGUUGAGACCAAGUCAAAAGUGCAGAUAUUUAUUUAACGUCAAUUAUGACCAAACUAAAGGCACUAUUAUUUUUUAAAAUUGUCAAAUCAACUUUCAAAGUCAAAAAUAUAAAAUUAAUUUUUUCUGGUGUAUUUUUUAAUUUGUAAAUUAAUACUUUUGUUUAUUUUUAAAAAAAAUUUAAACCUUUUAAUUUAUAAAUUAAACAAAGUACUAAUUUACAAAAUAAUUACCGAAAAAUUUAAUUUUCAUAUGAAAAAAUUUAAACAAGAUGAAAUGCUAAAAAAAAAUAAUUUAAAAUGAAAAUUAAAUUAAAAAAAUAAUACGCUUUUAUUCAGCAAUGCUGCAUUAUAUCAAUAUAAUUUUUAAAAUAAUAAAUAAUAAUUAAUUAAUACGUGUUUAUUCUUUAUUAGUAAUGCAGAAAUAAAAUUUUAAAAAAAUAAUAAUAAAACGGCGAUACACAUAAGAGUAUUUCGCACUGGUGCGAAAAAAAAAAAAAUUCAUUUAUUAUUGACAUAAUAAAUCAACAAGAUAAAUAAUUAUACAUGACGAAAGUUUUGAAUUUAAAAAAAAAAAAAAAUGUUGGAAAAAUAAAUAAAUUUAAAAAAAUAAAUAACAGAUAUUAUGAAAAAAUAAAAAAUCAUAUUUAUGGUUAAUAAAUUUUUUAAUUAUUUUCAAUAUUCCAUUGAGAUAUUCUUAUUUUUUUGCAUAUUAUUAUUAUAAUUAUAAUAAUUUAAAAAGAAAUUUUUUUUCUUCUAAAAAUCAUCAAUUUCGGCUGGUCUGAAUUUAUAUAUUGUAUAGAAAAAAAAAAAUAAAAUAAAUAGAUAAAUAAUAAUAAAAUUAAAUUCACAAUAGGUCAAACACAUUCGGCUGUUAUGGCUGGGUGAAAUGUACCAUUAUUAG